AUGUUGUGGAAACUAGCAGAUAAUGUCAAGUAUGAAGAGGACUGCGAGGACCGGCACGAUGGGAGCAGCAACGGGAACCCACGGCUCCCCCACCUCUCGGCGGUCAGCCAGCACCUGUACAGCCCGGCUCCUCCGCUCUCCCACUCGGGCGCCUCUGACUUCCAGCCCCCCUACUUCCCACCCCCCUACCAGCCGCUGCCUUACUCCCAGUCCAGCGAUCCCUACUCCCACCUCGGGGACCCCUUCUCCAUCAACCCUCUGCACCAGCCGCCGCCGCCGCCCCCCAGCCAGCAGCAGAGCGCCUGGCCCAACCGGCAGAGCCAGGACCCGGCCGGCCUCGCCCCCCACAGCCGCCCCGGCCUCGUCCCCCACCUCUCGGCGCUGGAGAGCGGCUCCGCCGGCGGCCGCAGGGAAACGUACCGACGCUCCGAGCUCCUCCUGCCCCAUGGGCACGGGCUGGACGCCUCUGCGCUUGCUGAUAACCUGGGCCUGCACGACAUGGCCCAUCAGAUGGAGGAGGUGCAGAACGUGGAAGAUCAACACUUAUUAAUGCAUGACCAGACAGUCAUUAGAAAAGGUCCCAUUUCCUUAACGAAAAAUAGUGCUUUGAGUCUCCCCUGCCAAAAAGAUGGAUUAAUUGGAGUGGUCAUAAACCCCAAUGAAGUAUUCUGUUCGGUUCCGGGGAGACUUUCCCUCCUCAGCUCCACAUCGAAAUACAAAGUGACAGUAGCAGAGGUGCAGAGGCGGCUCUCGCCCCCCGAGUGUCUCAAUGCCUCUUUGCUAGGAGGAGUUCUCAGAAGGGCCAAAUCUAAAAAUGGUGGCAGAUCAUUAAGGGAAAAACUGGAUAAAAUUGGCUUGAAUCUUCCUGCUGGUAGAAGGAAAGCUGCAAAUGUGACACUGUUGACAUCUUUGGUGGAAGGUGAAGCUGUACAUCUUGCUCGUGACUUCGGUUAUGUAUGUGAGACAGAAUUUCCCUCCAAAGCAGUGGCUGAGUAUUUAACAAGACCACACAUGGGCCGCAAUGAAAUGGCAAACAGGAAGAAUAUGCUUCUUGCUGCAAAGCAGAUUUGUAAGGAAUUCACAGACCUCCUCACUCAGGACAGAACUCCUCUUGGAAACACAAGACCUAGUCCCAUCUUGGACCCUGGCAUCCAGGGCUGUUUGACUCAUUUUAGCCUGAUCACACAUGGCUUUGGGAGUGCUGCCAUCUGUGCUGCCAUGACAUCCGUCCAGAACUACCUAAAUGAAGCAUUAAAAAUAGCAGACAAAACAUACAUGAACGCUGGCGACCAGAGCCCUGCAGAAACCAACAAAACCAUUGAUAAAAUGGAUAAGCACAGGAAGUAA